AUAGCCUUAAUAGUUCGCGACUUAUUUGAGGUUAUGUGAUUGUGUGUGUGUCUUUCUUGCAUGUUGUGUUUUAAAUUUUAAAGUAAAAUCACUCGUUUUUUCUUCAAAAAUAUAAAUUAAAAAUAACAUAACUUAGAUAAAACAAUACAUAGACAAUAAUGUCAUUUAGAGGCGGCGGACGCGGUUUUGGAGGUAGAGGCGGCAACCGCGGAGGCGGUCGCGGUUUCGGCGGAGGCGGUCGAGGUUUCGGCGGAGGCGGCAGAGGCGGUGGCAGGAGCUUCGACCAAGGCCCCCCCGAACAAGUAGUACCCCUCGGCUAUUACGACUACCCUUGCCAAGACGAUUUAAUUUGUAAAGUGGAAAUUCCCGACGUGCCGUUUUUCAAUGCCCCAAUUUAUUUGGAAAAUAAGGAGCAAGUUGGUAAAAUCGAUGAAAUAUUCGGACCUAUAAGGGAUUAUUGGGUUUCAAUCAGACUAGGGGACAACAUGAAGGCGGGCAGUUUCAAUAAAAACCAAAAACUUUUCAUUGACCCAGCAAAACUAUUACCAAUCCAAAGAUUCCUACCGAAACCUCCAGGUUCGGUACAAAAACGCGGCGGUUCGAGGGGCGGCAGGGGUGGCGGCGGCAGAGGAGGCGGAGGCGGUUUUGGAGGCAGAGGAGGCGGCGGUGGAUUCGGAGGCAGAGGUUCUAGAGGAGGAUUCGGUUCGGGGGGACGAGGCAGAGGUGGCGACCGAGGGGGCGGCAGGGGUGGCGGUUUCAAUAGAAAUUCGAGCGGGGGCGGUUACGGAGAUAGAGGGGGUUUCAAUAGAAACAGUGGAGGAGGCGGGGGCGGUUUUAAAAAAUGUGAAAUUAUCAUGUCUUCCCAAUACAAAUUCACCUAUUUCGACCUUACCGGUAUUGGAGAACCAAUCCGGUUACUUCUACACUAUGGAAAACUAAAUUUUGUAGAGCAACGAAUCACCAGAGACCAGUGGCCCAACUUGAAAUCAUCAACUCCUCUUGGUCAAUUACCAACACUAGAAUUACCAGACGGACGCGUUUUGUACCAAAGCGUAGCUGUAGCUAGAUAUGUAGCCUCUCAAGUGGGCCUUAAUGGAAAAACUGACUUGGAAAACUGGGAAAUUGACUCAGCAGUUGAUACUGUUAAUGAUGUCAGACUCAAAAUUGCUGCCUGGCGCUUUGAAGCUAAUCCAGCAAACAAGCAAAAAAUCAAAGAAACUUUGGAUAAUGAAAUUUUACCAUUUUUGCUGACAAAAUUGGACACUUUGGCCAGCAAAAAUGGAGGAUAUCUAGCUGCAAACAAGCUCACUUGGGCAGAUUUCUUUUUCACUGCCAUGACAGAAUUCCUCAUCUACCUCUACGGAGCAGAUUUUAUUUUUAAAUAUCCAAAUUUAGUUCAAAUAAAAAGCAACGUCACUUCUAUUCCUUCAGUUGAGGCCUGGAUCGCUAAACGUCCAAAAGAUUAUUGGUUCGAUAAAUGAUUAUUUUAUAAAGUGUAAAAAAAUUAAACUUAAGUAAAUUUUAUUAAAUACAGCUUUGGUAUAUCUUUAUUAAUAUAUAAAUGCCUUAUUUGGUAAUUGGAAUACAAUUUAUAAUACCUGUUCUAAAUGCCUUAAAUUCAAAAUAUGAGAUUCACAUUUCUCAUACUCCUGCUCAAUUACACUCUUUUCCAAAUUAGCAUUUAAUAUCAAAGUAGGAGCAGGACAUUGAAAUAAAGUCUUAUGAUAUAACCAAUCCUCAUGAAUCUGAUGCAAGGCUCUUAAAUAGCUCAAAGACACAGUUUUCUCUUCAGGCCUUUUCCUUUGUAAAAUUCUUUGGUACACAAUUUCCGGCGAGGUUCUAAGAUAUACAAUUAAGUCUACUUGGGCAAAGUUUUGUUCAAUAAUCCAUUGAAACCACUUGUCAAUUACUGCUGAGGAUGGUUUGGCUAGUAAGCCAUCAUUUGUAAGUUUUUCAACGAAACAAUAACGCGCGCUGUAAACGGACCUUUCGAUUAAUUUUACAGGACAAGUUGUGGGUUUAAGGUGGUUCUGCAACAUCGUUAAUUGGACAUAAGACUGAAAAGUGAAGCUCCAUUUUUUGGGGUCUUCAUACAUUAAACCCAACAAAUUAUGUCCGUCUGCGUUUCUCCAAAUAUCAACGGGCUCUGCUAAGACGCAAAUACUUUUGUGUUUGCCGAAAUACUCGAGGAAAGUGGUUUUUCCACAGCCAAUGUUACCUUCUACGAUUACGGUAAAGGGACGGGAAUUUUUCUGUUUUAGAGCCAUUUUCGUUAUUAAAUUCUUAACCGAUUGCAUGUUAAACUAAUUUUUGUGAAAUGUUGUACAAACAAAAAACAUGAUUGAAACUUAACCUCAAAUACCUACCUGGUUGAUUUACGCUAUAAAUAAAUAAAUAAAUAUUGCUUUUAUUAUAAAUAAUAUAAGAAUUUAGGUAUUAAAGGGGCGCUUAAAAAGGGGCUCAAUACAAUAGUAAUAGUAAUAGGCCUUCUUGAAUGGGAGGUAUUUUUUAAAAAAAAAAAACUUCAAUUUUUUGUCCAUAGAUGGCGCUAGUGAAAUAAGAGGUUUUUCCCGUUAUUUUUACCUUCUAUAUUAUCAGUUUUUCAAAAUAGUU